CGCCGGUUAUUACGGUAGUGUAUUGUUUGCUGCUCCGGGGUCCGUGAAAGCACGGAGCGCUGCUCUGAGCUUCCCCACUUAUUGUGCCGCUCUCUCCGCCUAACCUCAGCUAACGCUCCCUUCAGACGCGAACGCUGGAUACACCUCCGCUUCCCGCUGUGUGCGCCAUGGCGACGAAAUCUCACCCUCCGCUAAUGAAGAAGCACAGUCAGACGGACUUGAUAAGCCGUCUGAAGAGCCGGAAGAUCCUCGGAGUCGGUGGUGAGGACGAUGACGGCGAAGUGCACCGCUCAAAGAUCAGCCAGAUGCUGGGAAAUGAGAUAAAGUUUGCAGUGCGAGAGCCCAUCGGACUGAGGAUGUGGAUACUCAUCUCUGCUGUGGGCUUCACAGUAAUGGCUCUAAUGGCUCUGGUGUUUCCCAACCAGCUCUAUGAGCUCGUUUUUGAGGACGUGCUCUCCACGACGAGCGUCUCCGUUCGCCUUUAUGGAGCAGCCCUACUCAGCCUGGCCCUCAUUAUGUGGAACGGUCUGUACACAGCAGAAAAGGUCAUCAUCCAGUGGACCCUUCUCAGUGAAGCCUGCUACUUUGCUGUCCAGUUUCUAGUGACGUCCAUCACCUUAAUUGAGAUCGGCAUCCUGCCCAACGCCGCCAUGCUCCUGCUCCUCAGCCGGGUGCUGUUCUUCGUUGUCGCCAUGGCUUACUACUACCACCUGGGCCGUAAGCCAAAGAAGAUCUGAGCGGGCCGUGAUGCUUCAGGGAGGGGACGUUUUCUGCACAGGUCACAAACACAAGGGGGGUCAGAAGGGUUGGCCUUGGGUCAUUGCUUUGUAAGUGAGUGCCCCCUGCCCCUUGUAUGGACCCCAGCCUUAAAUACCCCCCCUUCAUUUAACAGAUGAGCAGUGUCAUGUUGCUGACUCUACAACCUGAACAGGAAACCUCAUAAUGACUCUUAAACUGGGCAGAGAUCAAGCCUCUCUCUCCACACACAUUCCUGUGUUUAGUUGGGAGUGAGCAGUGUGUAGAGCAUCUAUUAGUGUGUGUUAAAGGACAAACUACUGCAGCUCCUGACUAUGUCACUCAUGCACAACAACUUGAUUUCCAGACUUGGUAUUUAGUGUUUUCCUCUGAUAAUAGUCCAUCUGGUUUCCUCCAGACUUCAUGCAGUCAUUUAUAUGACCGGAGGACUCUUGACAGCUUUCAGUGAACACAAUAUGGAAAACCCAUUAGCUGUAUACAUACAGUGGUGUGUGCUUCAGAUCUGAUAACAGCUGGAUGAUUGUAAAUCUUUUGCUACAGUUACCGUCUUUUGAUUAGCACAUGAAAAUAAACCCUUUCCCAGUCCUCAUUCCUACCCAGACACGUGUUGCAUUUGCAGAUUCGAGUUCCUCCUACAUACAUUUUUAAAUAAGUCUUGUUAAUUCGUGAACCUGUGACGAGAGUCGGCUACUAUAAAACUAGUGGAGCAUGUCUGUUUAUGAUAAAUACACCUCAGCUGGUGUCUCAGUGAUGUAGCACAGAAGGUUACUGUGUGUUUCCUCUUUCUUUUUAAAUACACACACCGUUUUCUUAGCCAUGCCUUAACGCUACUUUAAGAAUCAGUCAUGAGCGCUGCAUCCUUAUUGUAAAUAUGUAAAUAAAGGUAUUUAAUAUCAUGUGGUGUUCUUGUGAACCAAACAGGGAACUUGUUCAGUAUUAGUUAAUGAUUAUUAAUCCUGUGUCUUAUUUUGUUCCUAUUUGAAUGACAUGCAUGUAGGAAAAUUCUCCCUUUAAGAAAAAAAAAUCAAUGGCACAAACUUGGUAUCUAUCUGUGACUGAGCAAAAAUCAAAGAUGGAUACAUUAAACAAAAAUAAGUUCAUUUGGGAAUUAAAAUAUGAAUUUUUAAAGUUUCUACUCAGUUUGUUCAAGACCUUUUCUACCUCUAAGUAUUUGGCAAGCCUUUAGAUUAAGACAACCCAGCUGUGAUUUGACCUGAUUCCUGUCAGAAAACACAUCGAUGUAAGGACAAGACGAAAACACGCUGCCGUCUCUUCAAAGGUGGUCCGUCUUGUUGGAAGUCACCACCCGGAGUCCUGCCCCAGAUGGGAGAGGUCCUCCUGCGGUCGCCGUGAUUUCUGGUUGAAGGAAAAUGGGCAUGUUGUUUGGGGAGUUGGAAACAUGGGUGAGGUCUCCUGCACCCCUAAGAAGUAGUAAUUACCUUUUCUUUUUUACAUCGUUUAAUUAGAUGCAAGUCUUCCAAGUAACAUUGUCCAUUUCAGCCUACGGCGCUGCUCUGUGAUGACUUGCAUAGUAAUUAUGGAGCUGAAAGGAAAAAUGUCUUUCUAUUUCCUCAAAUGAUCAGCCUGGUGAAAUGUUCAAAGCUCUGCGAGAAGGGUUAUUUUAGGAGAGAGGGGCAAUUUUGCAUAGGAGAGCAGAGGAAAAGAGGCGAAGAGGCUCUUUCUUCAUCGAAUGUCGUAAAUUUGGGAGAAUAUUACACUUCUUCUGCUAGAAAGUAGGUCAUUCUAUCAUUUGACGUAUACUGCUCUGAUUGGCAUAUCUUGUCAUUGUAGCAACGUGUUUUUAUGUAUCUAUGUGGUAUAUUGUACAUGAGCAAUGCAUUGUGAUGGAUUUCCAUGAAUUAGUUUGAAAUAAAAAACACUUGUUUAUUAUUUAA